AUGGGCUCUGAUACUCCACGCACACUUCUGAAUCUGGCUUCACAGAGUCUGGUGAGAAAUGAGGUAUUGACCAUCUCUGUUCUGGAAUACCUACCAAGUGUGUUCUUCCCACUUCUGUUCAAGGAGGCUGCCAUGCAAAGAAAAACAAAGAUGAUUAAGAUCCUUGUGGAAUACUGGCCCUACUCUUGCCUUCAGGUUGGGUUGCUGAUUAAUAACCCCAACUUGGAAAUAUUCCAGACUAUACUGGAUGGAGUAAACACAUGGCUGAAGCGGAAAUAUCGCCUCAGGAUGCACACGCUUCAACUGGUUGACCUGAGGGAUGGACACCAUAGCUCCUCAGAUAUGCAGGUUGGAAGAGAGGGUAGAAAUCAUUUAGUAGAAACUAUGCUUGAGGAGCAAGUAGUGGAGGGCCACUCAAGAUACAGAAGGAACCAGCGUUUGAGGGUGUUCAGUGACCUUUCCUUUAUGUUUCCUGUGCAAGAAGAUAAACGCCAAGCACAGUUGUUGCAGUGGGCAAAGAAGAGAAGGAAUUUCCUAUAUCUGUGCUGUGAGAAGUUGGAGAUCGGAGCAAUGGAAGUGUCCAAAGUCAGGGAUUCGUUAAAAUUGUUAGAGCCAGAGUUCGUCAAGGAAUUGGAACUGAAUACAGUGGCGAAUCUGUCCAAAUUGGAAAAAUUUGUACCUUGCAUUAGCAAGAUGAUAAAUCUUCAGAAGCUCAUGCUAGUACGCAUCUUUCAACCAAGAAUUCACACAACCAAGGAGAAGGAGAUCAUCACCAAGAUCAUUUUUCUAUUCUCCAAAUUCAGCUGUCUCCAGCAUCUCACUAUUGAUGAUGUCUAUUUUCUCACAGGCCACAUGAAUGAGUUGUUUAGGUGUCUGAAGUCCCCACUGGUGUCCCUCAAGAUCACUCUGUGCCAGUUUACUCAGUCAGACUUGUCGUCAUUUGCUCAGCCUUGGAACUACAGUCAGCUUAAACAUCUGUGCUUGAAAGGUGCCAUUUUAACUUACUUAGAUGUCUUUCCUCUAAACACGUUCUUAGAGAGUGUUGCAGACACAUUACAGAUUCUGGAAUUAGAAGACUGUAGUAUGAAUGACUUCCAGCUCAGUAUCCUUCUGCCUACCAUGGCCCGAUGCCCCCAGCUCACUUGCAUCAAUUUGUAUGACAAUGAAAUCUCCGUGGAUGUUCUGAAGGACUUUCUGCACCAGACUACUGACCUGAGCCAGCUAACCACAGAAAUGUACCCUGCUCCAGUAGAGGUCUAUAAUGAGUUUGAUUAUGUUGAAGUAGAGAGCUUUUCUCAGCUUUGUGCUGAACUCAUGGAUGAACUUACGACUGUAAGGAAGCCCAAGUCAAUCUGCUUUGGUUCCUAUCCCUGUUAUGACUGCAAUACACGUUAUAUCUAUGAAAACGAGGUCAAACUUUGUGAGUGCCAUGAGUAA